UUUUCGACACCCCUGCAGAACUUCAUACAGGCUCCGGGCRGCAUACCUUAUCUUCAGUAGCCAUGACUCCACUGUUGGUCCUGCUGGGGGCCGCGCUCUGCUCCCUGACGAUGUCCACGGAAAUCGUCCCUCAGCCAGGAUUUGACUUAAAGUUGGCAGAAGGGAAGUGGUACUUGAUCGGAAUCGCUACCAACAGCAGGGCAUACAUCAACAAAAUAGUUACAAUGAAAAUGGGCAUUGCCACGCUAACAUCAACUGCGGAGGGACACAUGCGUGUGUCAUACGCAGGUCUUAACAAAGACGGUUCUUGCUACAGAAGGAGCUACGAGGCCAACAAGACCGACGUGCCUGGGAAGUUUCUAUCCAUCRGUAAACAUGGGGGCAUUGAGAACUACACAAUURUGGUGGAGAUCAAGUAUGAUAACUUUGCACUGGUUUACAACAUCAAKAAGAAGARUAAGGGGGACGUCAAAUUCGUCAGACUUUAUGGCCGUGCAGAUGAAGUCAUUGCCGAAGUGAAGGAGAAAUUCAGWCGGCUCGCCCAUGACAUUGGCACUCAGACUGAAAACAUCUUUUUCCUUCCUAAAAGUGCUCCGUGCCCACCUAACUAAUCUCCCCCAGUCGUCUUGUCGGUGACUGAAGUGGCGGAUCGUUACCUUUGCUAUCCACCUAUCAAAUCUACUGGCUAAAACGUCAUCUUCAGUUACUUCACUUUGCAACGACUCUACUGUUCCAUUUUCCUUGGCACCAUAAUUGAGUUCUACUGGCAAAAUAAAAGAAACGGCUAAAAUA